AUGGUGCAAAUAUUGAUGAAAAAGAUAAAGAUAGAGAAACCGCUCUUCAUAAAGCAGCAAAAAAAUAGUAGAGAAGCAGCAGAAUUUCUUGUUUCACAUGGUGCAAAUAUCAAUGCAAAAGAUAAUAAUGGGCAAACCGCUCUUCAUAAAGCAGCAAAAAUAAAUAGUAAAGAAAUAAUCGAUCUUCUUGUUUCACAUGGUGCAAAUAUUGAUGAAAAAGAUAAAGAUAGAGAAACCGCUCUUCAUAAAGCAGCAAUAAAAAAUAGUAAAGAAGCAGCAGAAUUCCUUAUUUUACAUGGUGCAAAUAUUGAUGAAAAAGAAAAACAUGGAGAAACCGCUCUUCAUAAUACAGCAUAUUAUAAUAGUAAAGAAGUAGCAGAACUUCUUGUUUCACAUGGUGCAAAUGUUGAUGAAAAAAAUUUUAAAGGAGGAACCGCUCUCCAUAUUACUGCAUGGACUUAUAGUAAAGAAGUAGCAGAAAUCCUUAUUUUACAUGGUGCAAAUAUUGAUGAAAAAGAUGAUGAAGGAGAAACCGCUCUUUAUAAAGCAGCAGGAAAAAAUAGUAAAGAAAUGGUCGAUUUUUUUGUUUCACAUGGUGCAAAUAUUGACGAAAAAGAUAAUAAUGGAAGAACUGCUCUUGAUAUUGCAAAUGCUCAUUAUUUAGAAGAAAUGGCCAAGAUUCUUCGUUCAUAUGGUGCUCAAAUGUAA